GGACAGAGAGUGGGACAGAGAGAGAGAGAGAGAGAAAGAGAGAGAGAGAAAAAGAAAGGCAGAAUGGUGCUGGUGCAGAUUCUUUUUGAAGUCUUUCAUUUCCUUAGAGGAGGACAACUGCUUUAUCGUCAGUUACAGAACAGAAAAGCCACACCUAGCUCCCUGCAGGAUGCUUUGCUGUGUUUAGCCUCAGUGACAGACUCCGCCUCUCUCCAGGAUGCCAUCCAGUCCGCUGUCAGAACUGUGCUGACUGAUGUGGUCAGUGCUUAUCUCUAUCAGUUGGAUGUAGAGACAGGUUGCAUGGCCUGUGAGGCUCCAUUUCAUGAGCUCAUUACUGAGGGAAAACUUAGAGCUGACGUACAACAAGGAAAGCGAGUUGUAUGUGAUGGACUUCCUCCAUCAGAGCUGCAAGAGGAGCAGAAAGAAACUCUCGCACAGCCCCUACAGGGAGACAGAAAAGCACUGAUUGGUCCUCUCCUGGAUAAGGGUGUGGUUAUUGGUGCCCUUUUGAUUAGCUGUAAUAGACCCAGUCAGAAGCAGGAACAAGAGCUGGACCUGCUAGAGCAGCAUAUCACUAUAGCCUGCAAGAGAGUCCAACUACUAAAGAACCAAAGGCCAGCGGUGGAUCUGGAGGUUGAAAGGUCACCUAGUGUGAGCCAGACUCCUGUCCCUGUACACAGCCAGCCAAAUCUGAGACUACUGCAGCUGUGUGGUGAUCUCUAUGACACAAGUGCUGCCUCCCUCCAACUGAAACUGAAUAAAUACUUGCAGGAAGAGACUCAGUCACAAUGCUGCUGUUUUCUUUUGUUGUCAGAAGACAACAAACAAUUCUUCUGCAAGGUUGUUGGAGAUAAAGUCCUGGAAGAGGAGAUAUGUUUUCCUAUGGCUGUGGGCCAGUUUGGGAAGGCAAUGGAGACGAGGAGGUCCAUUUCCCUGCACAACCUGAGUGGAGAAGAACAGCAGCAGGUGAAAGGAAUUCUGGGAUAUGAGGCAAAGUCUGUGUUGUGCGUGCCUGCCAUCUGCAGAGCUACAGAUCAAGCGUUUGCACUCACCUGCAUUUUCAACAAGAGGAACGCAAACAAGUUUUCAGAGGAAGAUGAAAAGGUAGUGUCUCAGUGUUUGUUGCAUACGUCUGCAGUGUUAAACAGUACGCUCGCCUUUCAGAGGGAGCAACAACUAAAGACAGCAUGUCAGAAACUGCUACAGGUAGCCAAAAACCUCUUCACUCAUCUGGACGAUGUGUCUGUGCUGCUGACUGAGAUCAUUGCAGAAGCUCGAUGUCUCAGCAAUGCAGAGAGUUGCUCUGUGUUCUUAUUGGAUAAACAAAACCAGGAGUUGGUUGCUAAAGUAUUUGAUGGGGGUGUGGUAACAGAAAAAGAGGCAGAGUUGCGUAUCCCAGUGAAUCAAGGCAUUGCUGGUCAUGUUGCUACCACUGGAGACAUCCUGAACAUUACAGAUGCGUACUCCCAUCCUCUGUUCUAUCGUGCUGUCGAUGAGUUUACUGGCUUCCGCACACGCAGCAUCCUCUGCUUCCCUAUCAAAGACGUGGAUGGAGUGGUCAUUGGAGUUGCUGAGCUUGUUAACAAAAUUAACGCUCCUGGGUUUAACCGAUUUGAUGAGGAGUUAGCCAUUGCCUUCUCCAUCUACUGUGGCAUCAGCAUAGCACAUUCCCUUCUGUACAAGAAGGUGCGGGAAGCUCAGUACAGAAGCACCUUAGCCAAUGAAAUGAUGAGAUACCAUAUGAAGGUUUCAGAUGAGGAGGUGACAGCUCUGCUGAACAAUGGAAUUAAAGCAGUCUGUGAGAUCCACCCAAGUUUCACAGAGUUCAGCUACAUCCCCCGGUCCCUGACAGAUGACGACACUGCCAAGGCAGUUAUUAGCAUGUUUGAAGACAUGGGAUUCAUAAAUACUUACAAGAUAAACAAAAACACCUUGGCCAGGUUCUGUCUGAUGGUGAAGAAGGGCUACAGGGACCCCCCGUAUCAUAACUGGAUGCAUGGCUUCUCAGUGGCUCAUUUCUGCUACUUACUCAGUAAAAACCUGGACAUGCGCAACCAUCUGGAGGACUUUGAGGUCCUUGCCCUCUUUGUUUCCUGUUUGUGUCAUGACCUUGAUCACCGGGGAACAAACAACUCCUUCCAGAUCAAGUCGAAGUCUGUGUUGGCUGGUUUGUACAGUUCUCAGGGGUCUGUGCUGGAGAGACACCACUUUGCUCAGGCCAUUUCCAUUCUAAACACACAGGGCUGUAACAUCUUUGACCAGUUCUCCAGGAAGGGCUACCAGAGAAUGCUUGAUCUUAUGAGGGACAUCAUUCUGGCCACAGAUCUUGCCCAUCAUCUGCGUAUCCUUGGUGAUCUGAGGAAAAUGGCUGAAGAGGGGUAUGACAAUACAAAUCUCCAGCACCACAAUUUAUUGUUAUGUCUCUUGAUGACCUCAUGUGACCUGUCUGACCAAACCAAAGAGUGGAGGACAACACGCAAGGUUGCAAAGCUUAUCUACAAAGAGUUCUUCUCUCAAGGAGACCGGGAAAAGGAGAUGGGUAACAGCCCCAUUCCGAUGAUGGACAGAGAGAAAGCUUACAUCCCUGAGCUGCAGACUAGCUUCAUGGAACACAUUGUCAUUCCAGUUUUCAAGACCCUCCAGGAUCUUUUUCCUGCUUCUGCAGAGCUCCACAAAAGCAUUAUCUCCAACCAUGAGAAAUGGACUCACAUUUCCCAUAAGUACAGGGGGCUGGGCUUGCCUAGCAAAGACUGCCUAGACCUAUUGGAUGAGGAGUGUGAUCCCUUUGAAGGGGAGAGUCAAUAGGGCAUGCAAAAACCAAAGACUGUGCUUCAACUCAGGGAAACAGAGUUUUGGGUAAACAUUUGUGUUAUGGCUCAGAAUAUGGUUGGGGUGUUUGGUAUAGUUGUAAGGGAUGGGUGAGAGUAAUUUUUUUAACAACAAAAGUAACAGCGGGACAGUCAAAGCAUAAUGACACUCUGAGACAAGCAACCUGUGUGAGACGUUUGAGUGAUGUUUCAAAGCUCUGCUAAUUUGACGAUAAAUACACAAACUAAAAUCAAUGGAUCAUGCAUGCCUUAUACUGUAGCAAGACAGCCAUCUAUACCUUAUCGGAGCACUGUUUAAAUGUGUCUAUACAAUAGACAAUUACACUAGAUUUUUAUUCUGCACAUGGAAGAACGGUUUGCCUCACGCUCACUUGGGUUGUUUU